CAAUACAAAUUUAAAAUGAUGGACUUUAAACGACAGUUAUUUCUAUUUCUUAACAUUGCCUUUGUUUCAAAAGUAGUUGGGAUCGAUUUCUUAAUACCAAUAUCAAAUUCCACUUUCAAAAUACAACGACAACAAGACAAACCCAGAGCGAGAAUCGAAGACCAUCCAUAUGCGGUUCAAAUUUAUAAACGUGAAGGAGAAGAUACAGGAAAUCCAUACUGGCAGUAUACAUGCACUGGAGCCUUAAUAGCACCUCAGAUAAUAAUAACUGCUGCGCAUUGUGUAUAUGUCACGAAAUAUUAUGGUGUUAAUGCUGGCGAAAAUAUAACGUAUAAUUUUCUGAAUUGGAGACUUGUUGUUAACAAAAGAUUGCAUCCAUUAUUCGAGAAUAUUGAUCAAACUGAAUACAAUGUUGCAUUGCUUAAGUUGGAAAGGUCAUAUACGUACACAGAUAAAAUUAAACGUAUCUGUAUAUGUUGGAACUGCGAUUGGGAGUAUAAGGCACAUAUCAAAUUCAAUAUAUCUGGAGAAAUAGUUGGAUGGAUGGAGAAUGGCAGACAGGGCAGUGUGAUCGAAAAGGUAAAACUAGAAGUUACAAACAGAAAUAUUUGCUCAAACCUUUGGAAAACUCAUUCUACCAUCUUUGAGGGAUCCUUACAACAUCAAAUGCAUGAACAUCGUAUAUGUUCUGGUUUUUGCUUAAAAACACCAGAUUAUACAGUAGAAAAUGGAGGCUCGUCUGAGAAAAUUUGUGGUCCUUCAAUUGGUGCACUGUUUGUCAAGAACAACCAGUUAUUUGGAAUUGAAUCACGAAUAUUAUAUCAAGAAAAGGGACAUGCCACUUGUCAAAACGCCAAUUAUUGGUUUCAUUCAAAAUUAUCAUAUUAUGGAGUAGCGCAUUGGAUUGAGGCCACAAGAAAGGAACUUCAAAGAUCCAUACCAAAUCUGAACGGAUGA